AUUUUAAUUGAUUAUUUUAGAAAAAUGUUUGAAAAUUCUUCUUUGAAGUAUUCAUUUUCAUUGUUCUUAUAUGAGCUGGUUUUACUGAUUAUUUUUUUUGCAUUUGGUAUUUCUCCUUUGCUUCCAGUUUACAUUGGUACUUUUUUAAAAUAUUUUACUUCUUUGAUGCUAUUGGGUAGUUAUCUUAUAUUAAGGUAUUUAUCUAAGUUCAAUACUCGCCAGGUACAAGGAAAAAUAAAUGAGAUUCAAUUGGUUGCAUACUCUUUGUUUAUCUUUGUAAUUGGAACAUUUUCUUUUCAUUGUAUUUCUUUUUUUCUUGGUGCACCACUUUUUGAAAACUUCAUUCAAACGCUUUUGUUUUCGUGUUUAUUAUCUUCACUUGCCAUUUUUCCUCUAAGUGUAGUCCACAAAGGAAAAUGGGAAGUAAUGGUUGAUGAUUUAGCUAAUUCAAUAGAUAUAAAAAGCUGCUUGGCAGAUUCACUGAAGUUCAUAUCUUGUUCAACAAUAAUUGGUGGAUGGCUUGGAGCAUUUCCAAUACCCUUGGAUUGGGAUCGCGAUUGGCAGACUUGGCCUAUUACAUGCACUGUCGGUGCUAUAGCUGGCAACUUAGGCGGACUUUGGUGUGUCAUAUUUGCUAGUUCUGGUCUUGUUGAUUCAAUAAAGCAAAAAAUUAUGUGAUUCUUGCUGAAACCUAACGAGGUUUAUCUCGCUCACUCAGAUUCUUCGUCUAUACUGUUUGCCUGUAAUCAAGAAAUAAAAUUAUUUAAAAAAAAAAAAAGAGAGAGGUUUGAAUCAAAGGGACCUUAUAUGUUUUGUGUUAUAUUUAUUAUUAAAAAAUUAUUAUUUGGCGUACAAAAGUGAGUCGGUACCAUUAGAAGAGUAUUUAUUAUGGUUUCAUUUCGUAGUUACAUAUUUUUAAAGUUGUUAAAUGUUGUAUGUGAAUUUUAAUGUUUUACGUUAGCGAAUUAUGUAUUGUAA